UGUUUACAGUCGUAGUCGGAGUAGUACGGUCGUAAAUCUAAUAUAAAAAUUUUAGUAGUUUUCGUUGUCGAUGUGGUGUUCACUGAAAUCAUUAUGAAUUUACCUUUUAUUAGAAUAAAUCCUUUAGGGAUUUUUGUACUUUCUGCUUUGGCCAUAUUUAUGAUUUACCUGUAUAUUGAUAGUGGGAAUGAUAAAAAGUCUGCUAAUAUGGAAGUUAUUAGUUUGAAACAUUUACUUUCUGUUUGUGUAAAUGCAGCCGAAUUAGGAGGGGUUAAAGUUCGAGAUGUGCGUCUGAGUUCUAAUUUAAAACAGAUUAGUAAAGGAAAAACUAAAGAAGGAGCUAAUGAUCCAAUGACUUAUGGAGAUUUACUUUCUCACAGGACAAUGCUGUAUACUUUGAAGAAAUCUUUUCCACAUAUUAAGAUUGUAUCUGAAGAGCAUGAUGAAAAUGAAAUAGAGCCACAUGAUAUUGGACCUCCUGUUUCCUCCUGGAUUCCUGUAGAUAAAUUUGUGGAGGAUGUUUUUAUACCGACUAAUGACAUUCUGGUCUGGAUUGAUCCUCUUGAUGCAACCCAAGAAUACACAGAGAAUCUCUUGGAAUAUGUCACUACUUUAGUUUGUGUUGCUAUUAAAGGGAGGCCAACAAUUGGAGUUAUUCAUCAACCAUUUGAAAACAAAACAAUCUGGGGCUGGACAGGAAAGGGUAUUUCUGAUCCUUCCUUAACUGCAAAUAUAAAACAGCUUGACUGGAAUCAGUCCCCAACCAUAAUUGUUUCUCGUUCUCAUGCUGGUAAAGUGAAAGAAGUGGCCAGAGCUGCAUUUGGUCCAGAAACAAAAGUUGUUUCUGCUGGUGGAGCUGGUUACAAAUCAUUGCAAGUUGCUCAAGGCAAAGCUGAUGCAUACAUUCAUGUGACUCUUAUUAAAAAAUGGGACAUCUGUGCUGGUAAUGCCCUACUACAUGCUUUAGGUGGUAAAAUGACAGCACUUGAUGGAAGUUAUAUUGAUUAUGGUAAUCCACUUGAACCAAAGAAUGAAAAGGGCUUGCUUGCUACUACUCAUGACCAUGAAAAAUUUGUCCAGAAACUUGCAAGUCUUGCAAGUUGAUUAGAUUCAGUAUUUAAGAGAGAAACCGGAAAGAGAUUCUUCUUCUUCAUGAACAAAUUUUGUUUUAAAUGUUGGCAUUUUGUAUAAGAAAAAGAAAUUUUAAAAUUUGUAAAUGGAUCUAGUCAACCAUUUUUACUCAUUUGUAAAUGUCCUGAACUGGUUGCUCAUGAAGUGUUUAUUAAUAUCCAAGAAGGAUUUAAGCUUUACUGUGAUGAAUAGUUUUUUCCCCUUAUGAAAUUAGUUAUUGGUAAGGAAUUAGUUUAAAAAUCUAUAAAAUGUUUGCAGCUACAGCUUUAGGUAAAUCAUUUGUGUUUGUAAAAUUUUGUGUGUUCUUUGUCUGAAGUUCAAAAAUAUACAGGAUAUCCAAAAAUUAUCAUUAUAUUUUUACUAAAUUAUUGAUAAAUAGAGAUUAACAUGAAUUUUUCUCUGGCAUUUUGUGGAAAUUAUUUCAAUAUUUUUUUAAACAAUGAUUUAGUGUAUAUCUAUCAAGAAACAAAUCAAGUCAUCUUAUAAUUAGCUGAUAAUCAAAUUUAACGGAAGAAACUAGAUUUCAAUUUUGGUUAUUUUUGUUUUUCUAGAUUUAAUAUAUAUAUAAAGAGGGCUGGCUAUUUGGGAACUUUAGAUACUAUGAUCAGAGGAAAGAAAUUAUGCAUAAAAUUUCCAACAAUUCUAUCAUAAAAACCAUUGCAUUAAAUAUUCUUAUAAAGAAUGUACUGAAAAUUAAAUAUUUUAUUUAUUGAAAAAGAAAAUUUGAAAUAUCUUCAAUAAUUUUUUAAAUAAUACUUUUAUUGUGUAAAUAUAUUUUUUUGCAUACUCUGUAUCAAAUACAUUAUAUAGGAAAAAUGUUGGGUUUAAUACAAUUUUUUUUUUAAAUUUCUAAGUUAUUAUUAUAUGCAUUUUAAAAAGUAAUUUUUGGGAAAUAUUUUAAAAUCAUUUAAAAUUCCAAAGAUAUAUAUAUAAUCAGAUGACAAAAUUUCUUAUAAAAAAGAUACAAUUGAUGCAAUUUCUUUUUUAAAACAUAUUUUUUAAAUUUUCUGCAUAAAAAGUUUUUUUUUUUUAAAUCUUUUAAAUCAUAAAUUUCUUUUGCAUUUGAAAACUUUUUUUUUACAUAUUGAAGAGAUAUUUAAAUGUAUACUUAGAAUGAAAGUGAACCUGAAUCAAAAUAAUAAUGUCUUUAUAGCUACUGUAAAUUUUAUAUACCAUUACAAGUGAAAUAUUAUAUGAUACUUCAUUUCAAAAUGUUUAUUUAAUUGAAAAUAGUUUGGAUUUCUUAAUCUUUUAAUAAGCAUCAUUUUGUAUGGAGGAAUCAAGUAAUAUUUUAUUAGUAUUUGAAAAAAAGUUUUAGCAUUUAUUUAUUUUUCAAAAUUUUUUAAUGUGAGGCAUGAUUUUUGUAAAUAUUUUACAUUUGAAGAAAAUUUCCUUGCAUUUCUUUAAAACAUCUUGUAUCCCUUCAAAGGUAUUCUGCAUAUUGACAGUUAAUUUUUUUAAAAAAAUAAGGGAAUGUGCUAGAUAAACAUAAUACUUGGAUUUUAUUAAUAUUAAUUGGUUUUCUUAAAUAUUUUUUUUCCUUUCUUUUCUGCCUCUCUCUCUCUCUCUCUCUUUUUUUUUUUUUUUUGUCAUUGCAUGUUGGUAAUUUGUUGACCAUCAGAUACUUACAUAAUGAUCAAAGCCAUUUAUUGCAUAAAAUGUGGGUUUAUUUAUUGCUCUUUGAAAGACUUAAUUUUUUGUGAAAUUGAUAUACCCUAUAUCAGGGAUGGCGAACCAAUGAUGGCACGGUACUGAUCAAAACGGUUUGCAUUUUAGUUCAGAAUAACAAAGUUUGUUCCCUAUGAAGUAUUACAAACAAACGUGAUUGAUCUUUUUUGGUGCGCAUAUUCCCAUUCCCUACCCUUGUUAUAUUUUUGCUUCUAAGGAAUUGUAACAUAAGAGAGAGCUACCAAAUUUGAACCCUUGACUAGAUCGGGUUCAAAUUAUAACCUAUAUAUAGGUAAUAAUUUGAUAGGUAUUAUAACCUAUCAAAUAUUUAGAUUGUAGAAUAGAAAAAUUUUUGAUAUAAAUAUGGUUUAUAGAAUUGUUUUUUAGAGAAUGGACUAUGUGUUUGGAAUUAGAAAACAAAUGAUUAAUUUUAGAUACCAUCAAUUAAAUAUUUUACUGAUUUAUAUAAUUUUUAUUCCAGUUUCUGCUCAUCUUAAACUAUAUUUCUUAUAAAAUUAACUAUAUUGUGUAAAAUUAAAACUACAAGAAAUUCCAUUGUAUUUUUUUUUUAUUAAAACUUUUAUUAUUACUUUUGUAUCUCUAUAUCAUAAUCAAUAUUUAGGUGGUUUAGUAAUCUUUCAUACAAAUUACUUCAUAAUCAUAAAUCGGUAGUGGUAUUAAAAUAUUUAUUUAAUGAAAAUGGAUUAAAAUGUAUUAUAAUUCAUAUGAAAUUUUAACUUGUAUAUUAAUUUUAAUGUAUUUCUGUCAUUUGGGAAGAAUGGAAUUUUAUCUAUAAAACAGUACAGUAUUAUCUUUAUAUGUGCCAUAUUCGAUUCAUUUAAUUUGAAAUUAGUUAAUUCUUCUCAAAUAGAUAGCAUCCUAAAGAUUACUACCAGGAUAUUUUUAGUACUCUCUUAGCUUAUUUUUCAACUAAAUACAGUAAAAUAUAAAUACCUAUAUAAGUAUCUUAAAAUUGUUUUAUGUCUCCAUGAAAUUUUAAUUUGUAUGAUUUCAAGGAUAGAUUUUAAUAAGCUAUCAAUGAUCAAAAUCUGCUACACUGUAAUUAAGGGGACAAUGCUUAUAAGGCAGCAGAGAAGCUUUUGAUUUUAAAUGUUUAGCUUUCAAAUAAUAGAUAAUUUAUUAUACAUGACAAAUGAAUCAUGUCAUUUUCUUGAUCAAGUUGAAAAUAAAUAUAUUAAAGCUUUUAUUUUAAGCUUGACUCUAUUUCAAAUCAUAUCACAAUCCAUUAUUUAAUUGAAGUACUUCUUUCAACUGAACAUGUAAUUAUGAUUUUUCUAUUCUUGUCUUGUGUUCAAACUCUAGCUGAAAGAUUUGUUCACUUUAGGCCAAGGAAAAAGAAACAAAAUGAGCCUAUAUAACAUUCCAUUCCAUCUUUUUUUUUGUUAUUGUUGAUGUUAAAAGAAAACUCUGGAAAUAAUAGCACAUAGAGCCAAUUUUUUACUAAGAGGAAACUUGCUGACCUCAAAUACAUGUAUUGAAAAAAAUAAUAAUAAGCACUAGCUGCCUUUGGUAACCAGCUUAUUUGACCAUAAUACUGACCUUUCUGACAAUUAAGACUAUUAAUAGGGAAUUCAUUUAUUAAAAUUUCAUCUUGUUAUUUAAGAAGCCCUAAAUGUACUAAUUACAUUGAAUUUAACUGCUCGGGAAAACAAAAUAUGCAUAAUUACUGUCAAAGUGCAUAAUUCAAUUUUUUUAUGAAGUAUAAUGCAAGUCAUAAGGAUCGCCUGUAUGACAAUGGUUAAAAUUAUUUUUAUGCUUCAUACCUAUUUUUAUCAUCUUGAUUUUGUUUAUGUUUCUUUCCUCUGACUAAGUGGAGGUUUCGGUGAUAUGGCAAAACUUUUUCUAAGUAUUUCUAGUAAUCUUUUGUAGCUCCAUUAAUUAAGUAAAGCGUUGAAUUAAAAGCAGCAGCAAAAACGUUUAAUAAAGAAUUUUGAAAUAUUUGAUUGUUGCUAUUUGACAAUAAAUAAUAAAACCGAUUUCUGUGGCACAUAUGUUAAAGCAUUAUUAUUAUAUAUAUAUAUAGAGAGAGAGAGGAAGAUUCUUUGGAAAAAUAGUUUUAAAGCAUUGAAAGUUGCAGAAUGUCUAGCUUUAUUUAUAAUUAAUAUAAAGGAGAAAGAGAGCAAAAUGAACUACUACUUUUAUUUCCACUUCUUAUCAUUUGAUAUUUAUAAAAACACACAAUUUCAAUUAAUUAUUCUAAUUACAAUGAACCAAACUGACACAUCUAUUUCUUUCCUGAAUUAUGGAUGUCAAGUACUGGGCUGCUAUUUUAACUAUUUAAUAAUUACUUAUUACCUCAGUAAAUUUCUUACACUAACAGUGUAUGAAAAAUAUUAAGAUGUUCGGUGCCCUUCAAAGAUCUGAAUUCAUUGUCACUUGUAUUCAUUUGAAACCUUUGAAAAGUGCAGUAUUAUUUUUUCAUCUGGUUUGAGUUUUAACUUAUAGAACUAGUGCUUGCUGUUACAUUUUUUGAUGAUUGAGAUAUUAUUUGUUAGAAAGAUAUCUAUUCUGAACCUACUAAAAAUUAAAUAUAUUUUUAUAACUGAAAGUUUGAAUAAACUCGAUUACAUUGUAUUUACAUUUGUUGUGAAAAUUUACAAUGUAUAUACUGUUAGUAAUGAAAUAAUAACAUUUAUUUAUAUGUAUAAAAUGUAUCAAUCUAUAAGUAUUUCUUUUUUAAUUAAUGUAUCUUUAAACCAAAUUAUAAAUUAAUGUAUCAAAAAUAUACUGG